UUUUGAACCCGUCAAAAAAACGAGAACCGGCUUAGGACUGGAACGGCCAAGUAUUACAGAUCGAUUGUUGGAAAUAAAAAAAAAGGUAGAAAAACCUUUACGAUCGCCGUUAAUCGAAAAGGCAGGCGGAUGUAAUAGAGGACGUUUUGUAGUUUUGUGGAAGUGUGGAAAGUGGGGUGUUUCUGCCGUUUGGGAAGGUCGCGGCGGCCGUCGUCAGCCCGGCAUGAAAAACGGGUAAAUUUGUGCCUUUUUUCUUUUCAGGGAGGAGAGAAGAGGAGGUUGUAGCCGUCGUCGGCCGAGCUCCGAGUAACUGGCAGUCGCCGAGAAGUCGUUCGCCCUCGACAGCCGAGUAACGCCACAGAUGGAAGCCGCCAACGGCCUGCGCCACUUCUGUGGAUCCGAAUUUUGGGAUGUCAAUGUAACAUGGAACACGGAUUCACCAAAUUUAACUCUAUGCUUUGAAAAAACCUUAGCAGUCUGGGUGCCUUUUUUAUUUGUCAUCAUUUUUGCUGCGUUUGAUAUUUAUGAAAUUAUCACCAGCAAAACUGGGAACAUACCAUGGAACAAGCUCAACAUAACAAAAAUAGUACUUUGUUCCUGCAUAAUUUUAGUAGGUGUCAUAGAUGUUAUUUACAUUCUUCUCAAAACUGAUGACGGCCUUGUCUUUCCUGUGGACUUGUACACGUCCUUAAUCAAAAUAAUUUUGAUGAUAUUUUCUAUCACCUUAGUUGUAACUCACAGGAUAAAAGGCAUCAGGACGUCUGGCCUGGUGUUUUUAAUGUGGACUCUUUUAGUUAUUUUAGGCCUCCCACAGCUCAGUACAGUUAUUAGAAAAUUUGUUACGAAGGAUGAUUAUAUUCUUAUCGACAUUACUUAUGCCGUUUAUUUUACUUUUGUAUUUGCGUCAUUCAUUCUUAACUUUUUUGUCGAUGCCGAGCCAAAGUACAGUGAAUAUCCAGUUGUGGAUAAACCCUGUCCAGAGUAUAGUGCGUCAUUUGCUUCAAAGCUCAUUUUUGGUUGGUUCGACAGCUUCGCCUUCCUCGGUUUCAGAAAGCCGCUGGAAAAUAGUGAUCUUUGGAGCAUGAAUUUUGAAGACAUGGCAAGCGAGGUUGUCCCCAAAUUUGACAAAUACUGGAACGCUUCUGUUCAAAAGAAUGCCAAAUUAGCUGAGGUUCAUAAAUCUGCUGCUUUUGAAAAAGCGAACAACACUGUUGAAGUUGUCGGUAUUGAAAAAACUCAGCCGAAGCAUUCAUCAAUUCUCCCUUGUCUGUGCAAAUGCUUCGGACCCACAUUUUUCUUUGGAGCCCUUUUAAAGCUUGGACAGGAUCUGCUUUCAUUCAUCAGCCCUCAAAUCUUAAAGUUGCUGAUUACUUUCGUUGAAGUAGACGAGCCUCAGUGGAGGGGUUAUCUGUAUGCCACUGCCUUACUGCUGACAGCAACAUUGCAGACCCUAUUGCUGUCUCAAUAUUUCAAAAAAAUGAUGCUCAUCGGUCUAAGGAUAAGAACCGCACUUAUAUCUGCCAUUUAUAGAAAAGCACUGAGGUUGUCAAAUUCGGCAAGGAAAGAGUCAACAGUCGGAGAAAUUGUAAAUCUAAUGUCUGUUGAUGCUCAACGUUUCAUGGAUUUGAUUACAUACUUGAACAUGAUCUGGUCGGCGCCUUUGCAGAUUGCGCUUGCACUUUAUUUUCUCUGGGAAACUCUUGGUCCAUCGGUACUUGCUGGUUUGGCAGUGAUGAUAAUCAUGAUACCGGUAAAUGGAUUUAUAGCAAACAGAGUUAAAUCGCUUCAAAUCAAACAGAUGAAGAAUAAAGACGAAAGGGUUAAGAUGAUGAACGAAAUUCUGUCUGGAAUAAAGGUUCUUAAAUUAUACGCUUGGGAACCGAGUUUUGAAAAACAAGUUUUAAGGAUUCGAGAGAAAGAAGUUAAAGUACUGAAACAAGCAGCAUAUUUUAAUGCUACUACCUCGUUCAUUUGGGCCUGCGCCCCAUUCUUGGUGUCAGCAAUGACCUUCACAGUGUACAUCAUCAGUGAUGACAACAACAUUUUAGAUGCCUCAAAAGCCUUUGUUGCACUUGCCCUUUUCAAUAUAAUGCGAAUUCCACUCACUAUGCUACCGAUGGUUCUUGUCGCCUGUGUCGAGGCAAGUGUUUCAGUCAAGCGUAUUAACAAGUUUAUGAACAGCGAAGAACUUGAUCCUGAUUCCAUCACUCACGAUGACAAACCUGAGGAACCUUUACUCAUGGAAGACGGUUCGUUCAAGUGGGGAGCGGAUGAUCCUGCAAUUUUGAAAAACAUCAACAUCAAGAUCAAACCCAAGUCACUCGUCGCCGUUGUCGGGGCGGUGGGUUCGGGAAAAUCAUCGCUUCUCUCGGCUUUCCUCGGUGAAAUGGAAAAAAUAAGCGGCAGAGUUAAUACAAAGGGCACUUUUGCAUAUGUAUCGCAAAUCGCUUGGAUUCAAAAUGCCACGCUUCAAGAUAACAUAUUAUUUGGUAAACCCCUUAACAACAAGCUAUAUCAUAAAGUAGUUGAGGCUUGUGCACUGAAGCCAGACUUUGAAAUGUUGCCUGGUGGUGACAAGACUGAAAUUGGUGAAAAGGGUAUUAAUUUGAGCGGAGGACAAAAACAAAGAGUUAGCUUAGCUCGGGCUGUCUACUAUGAUUCUGAUGUUUACUUUCUCGAUGAUCCUUUAAGUGCCGUAGACAGUCAUGUUGGAAAGCAUAUUUUUGAUAGUGUCAUCGGACCAAAAGGAAUACUUCAUAAUAAAACUAGGCUGUUUGUCACACAUAGCAUUACAUUUUUACCUGAGGUCGAUUUUAUAAUUGUACUCAAGGAUGGCUCUAUAUCUGAAAUGGGAACAUAUAAAGAGCUUUUGAAUAAAAAGGGCGCUUUUGCUGAGUUUUUGACGACUCACCUGCAGGAAAUUGAUAACGAAGAAGAAAUUGAUGAGGACAUUAAAAAACAGCUGUUGGAAGGAAAUCCUGAAGUCCAGAAACAGAUUUCCCGGCAGAAAUCAUCAAGCAGCGAGACAAGCUCUGUCAAUUCUUUAACAAGGCGGAAAUCAUCAACAGGUAGCAAUAACAUCGUCGAUCCCAGUAAAGCCACCGACAAGCUGAUAGAGGAUGAAAAGGCAGAAAUUGGAGGAGUUAAAUGGGAGGUGUAUAAGCACUAUCUCAAGUCGAUCGGGCCGUUCCUUACGUCGGCGACGAUAAUCCUCAACAUUAUAUUCCAAGGGUUUUCCAUUGGUUCGAGCUUCUGGCUCUCAAUCUGGUCGAGUGACAAAACCAUCGUCGUCAACGGCACUCAAGACACGAGUAAAAGAGACAUGUAUUUAGAAGUGUACGGCGUGUUAGGCUUCGGUCAGAGUGUAUUUGUAUUUUUUUCUGACCUCGUGCCACGGCUUGGAUGUUGGAUCGCAGCGUACAACCUCCAUAAUUACUUGUUGAUGGGCGUGCUGAAAGCCCCUCUUUCCUUUACUGACAUUACUCCAAUUGGAAGAAUAAUAUCACGGUUUUCAAAGGGUAUUGAUACGCUCGACAACACUCUUCCAUGGGUCAUUUCAGAUGCUAUAUAUUGCCUUUUUGAAGUAAUAUCGACAUUGGUUGUAAUCAGUUAUUCGACGCCUAUUUUUGUAUCGAUUAUUAUACCGAUCGGCGUCAUAUACUAUUUCAUACAGCGAUUCUAUGUGGCGACUUCUCGACAAUUGAAAAGAUUGGAAAGCGUGUCAAGAUCACCAAUUUAUUCACAUUUUGGUGAAAGUGUAACUGGCUCUAUGAUAAUAAGAGCUUACAAUGUUCAGCCAAGGUUCGUUAAGGAAUCAGAAGAGAAAGUAGAUUUCAAUCAAAUAUGCACGUUUCCUGGUAUAAUCGCCAAUAGAUGGCUAGCCGUUAGACUAGAAAUGAUUGGAAACUUUAUAAUAUUUUUUUCUGCGCUGUUUGCCGUCCUGGGUCGAGAUACAUUGAACGCAGGUCUUGUCGGGCUUUCAGUCAGUUAUGCAUUGCAGAUUACACAAACCCUAAACUGGCUUGUUCGAAUGACUGCCGAUGUUGAGACGAACAUCGUCGCCGUUGAAAGAAUCAAAGAAUAUGGAGAUACCACACAGGAGGCACCUUGGGAAGUCACACCUAACAUCGUAGGCCCUAACUGGCCGACCAACGGUGUCAUUGAAUUUCACGAUUUCAAAGUGCGUUACAGAGAAGGACUUGAUCUUGUUUUGAAAGGACUAUCAUUUAAAAUCAACGGAAGUGAAAAGGUCGGUAUCAUUGGAAGAACAGGUGCCGGCAAGUCGUCAAUGACUCUGAGCUUGUUCAGAAUCAUUGAAGCAGCCCAAGGGACAAUUCUAAUUGAUGAUGUUGAUAUUUCGAAAUUAGGCCUUCAUGCUCUAAGAUCCAGAAUCACUAUCAUACCUCAGGAUCCAGUCUUAUUUUCUGGCACGCUCCGUUUCAACCUUGAUCCAUUUGAAAACCAUAAUGACGAUCAAGUAUGGAGGGCUAUUGAACUUGCCCACCUCAAAAAUUAUGUCGCAGCCCUCCCCAACAAACUUCAGCACGAAGUCGCCGAAGGGGGCGAUAAUUUGAGCGUCGGGCAGAGACAGCUUAUAUGCCUGGCAAGAGCCUUGCUGCGUAAAACCAAAGUGCUGGUCCUGGAUGAGGCAACUGCUGCAGUUGAUCUUGAGACAGAUGAUCUCAUCCAAAGGACAAUAAGAACUGAAUUUUCUUCUUGCACAGUCUUAACCAUUGCUCAUCGGUUAAACACAAUUAUGGAUUCUGACAGGGUACUUGUUUUGGACAAAGGGUGCAUUGCUGAGUUUGAGAAACCGGAGGUGCUUUUAAAGAAUAAAACUUCUAUAUUUUACGGGAUGGCUAAGGAUGCGGGCUUAGUAAGUUAGGUAUGGGAAGGAUCUUAGCAAAACAUGACAUCACAUGGUUAACUAGAAGUCAAGAAAAUUUUUAUACAGUUUUUAUAUAUUUUAUUUUAAACAGAAUAUGUACAUAAUUACCGUCAAAAUACCUCUGAUCUCUUAACAACAUUGUACUUUUGUCUUUUACUUACAUUCCCCCCCUUGCCCAUCAAUGUUAAAACUGUUACAUGUAAAAAAAAAAAAAAAA